GGGCUUUUAUAUAUAUGUUUUAUGCUAUAAACAAACGAAGUUUAUUUUUUUUACAUUGCUGAAUCAUGCGGUGUACAAAUAACAUAGAUGAAAGGAAAUAAUAAUAUCUCUUAUAAAAAGCAUCUCUAAAAAGUAUCUCUGGGGGAAAUAUCGUUUUGCGCAGAAUCAUCAUGGCUAGUGUACAAAAGCCAGUCUUGUCCAAAAAGAAGUUUGAAAACUGGAUAAAAAAUGGAGUUGUUUUAGUUCUGACGAAAGAAGGACUACAGGAUAUUGUUGCAAAUGAAAUAACAAAUUUUCAUGAUGAACUUUAUCGUGACAAAACUACAAAAUCAAAAAUAACAACACCUUGUAAAACUUGUUCGACAGAAAAUGUCGUAAAAUGUUCUUCCAAGAAUAAGAUCUGUAGAGUCUAUCAACGGAAAUGUGUUAUCAACCAUAAAACAUGUCCUUUUGGAGUAUGCCAAAACGUGAGGGAUGGUAUUGAAGAAGCACACAGGUAUAAUAAUCCUUCGUGGAAAAAUACCGAUGCCCGGCAAUGGUCCGACACACCUUGGCAGAUAGCCAAAUGUUUCAUGUCCCCUGAGGGUUAUAGGUCUUCACUUUCGGCUGCAGAAACCGAUUUAAAUGGCAUUAUCAGUGUGAUAAUAAACUGUAAAAGGUUUGACAACAAGGUACUGGCGGACUUGUCAAACAACGAGAACAUUUUCUAUAAGGCUAGAGAAAUAGGUAAUAAACACAGGCAUCAUCCUGGUUAUGUACUUUCGAAUAAGGAAUUCCAAGACAACAUCAGCAUUCUAAUUAAGGUAUUGGAGAACUUUGUACAGAAGGACCAAAAAGUCGAGUCAGCUAUAGAAAGCAUUAAAGAGCUCAAUUCUGGAUCAUGGACCAUAACAGAUACUAGCAGAGACAUCACAAAGUAUCUGCAAGACGCUAUAGAGAGUAUCGACAACUUAAAACAAAAUUUCUUGGCUGAGGCAAAGCAAUCUAUCAAAUCGAAUGCACAAGAAGGUAUCAAUGAAGUUUUAGGGAAUCUUCGACAACUGUUCUCUAACCACACAAGCAAAAUAGGACAUGCAGUCAGACGUGGUAUUAAGAGAAUAAGAGGAGAAUCUGAAACGGCACUUGAAGAAUUACAAAAGAAACAAAAACAAGACAGUCAUACUUACACAAAACAAAAAGACGAGAUCCGCAAUCGUUUGAUUCAAACAUAUAAACACCAGUGUUCUAAUCUUCCAGUUUCUUCUCUUUUGGAAGAGGAAAAUUUACCCUUAUUAACAUUCUAUGUCAAGCCAUAUAUGCGACAGUUAGAACACCACACAAUUCAGAAGGAAGAAGAACCUGUAGAAACAUACAACAACAUAUUUCAUAAACAUGGUAAACAGUGCAGAAGAAUAUACGUGACUGGGGAUGCUGGUAUAGGAAAAACUGCAUUUUGUCAGAGACUUGCAUUGCUGUGGAGUAUUGCUAAAGUUCAUCCAAAGUUAGACAUAGAGGACGAAUCUGUGAAGGAAGAUGCUGAAAUCAUUGGUGACUUUGAUUUCCUGUUUUACAUAUCUUUGAGAGAUACCUCUUUUUGCCAUAUAGAAGACAUUAUUGAACAACAACUGAAGGGUAAUUUAGAAAGGAAGUUCUCUUGGAAAUUCUUAACACAGAGAAAUGUAUCGUUGUGUUGGAUGGACUUGAUGAGUGGACACACCCAUUAGAAAGUAAACAUUGUCC